GGGAGCAGCAGCACACGCCUCCUUGUUGACUGUGUCGCUGACUGUGUGUGGAUGACGCACUGAGGCUCAGCGCGAAGAUGGCUCCCUUCCCGGACGAGGUGGAUGUUUUCACUGGCCCCCACUGGCGAAUGAAGCAGCUGGUGGGCUUAUACUGCGAAAAGCUGUCAAAGACCAACUUUUCCAACAACAAUGACUUCCGCUCGUUUCUCCAGUCCCUCUGCGCCACCUUCAAGGAGUUCAAGAUGCAUGAGCAAAUCGAGAACGAGUACAUUAUCAACUUGUUGCAACAACGCUGCUGCACUGUGUACAAUGUGCACUCUGACAACAAACUCUCAGAGAUGUUGACCCUCUUUGAAAAGGGACUACACAAUGUUAAGAGUGAAUAUGAGCAGCUUAACUAUGUCCAGCAGCUGAAGGAGAGACUAGAAGCUUUCACACAGGACUUUCUGCCCCACAUGAAGGAAGAAGAAGAGGUGUUUCAGCCUAUGCUUAUGGAGUACUUCACCUAUGAGGAGCUCAAAGACAUCAAGAAGCAGGUGAUAGCACAACACUGCAACCAACAUCAAUGGGACUGUGCCGCUGAGGUACUGAAGGGCUUCACUUUGUGGAGCCAGGCGGAGGAGCUGCAAAAGGCCUUUAAAUAUGCGGACCAUGAGAAGACAGAUUACGAACUGGAAAAGAAAAAGGAUUCUUCAACCCACAUCUCCCAGCUCCCUACAGAAAUUAUGCUGAGGCUGUUCCAUUAUUUGGGUCCUCAAGAUCUGUGUCGCUGUAGUCAAGUGUGCAGCUCCUGGUCAGAGCUUGCUAAGACCGGCUCUCUGUGGAGGCACCUCUAUCCUGUGCGCUGGGCCAGAGGGGAGCUGUACCAGGAGCCCGAUGACGAGUGGGUGAAGAGUCGGCAGAAUGAGGGUCGGGCUUAUCAGGAAUAUGAUGAGGAUGCUGAUGUUGAUGAGUCUGAUGUGUCGGACCACUCAGUAGGCUCUCUGGCAAUUAACAAUGCUCGGCGGGAGAAGAAGCUUCUGAAUGGGAUUAUCCAGAAUCUACUGCCAGCUGUGGGCCCAUCUGUCAAGUCUAUUGUCCUGGCAUACAGUUCUACAGUCUCGAGUAAAAUGGUCCGUCAAAUCCUCAGUCUUUGCCCCAAUAUUAUUCAUCUGGAUCUGACUCAGACUGAUGUUACAGAUUUCGCAUUUGACAGCUGGUCAUCUGUUGGAGCUUGUCUCUCUCUGGAGCACCUGGAUUUGUCGGGAUGUGAGAAGAUCACAGAUCACACCCUGAAGAAAUUGUCUUUUGGGCUUGGCGACCUCACGUCUUCGACCUGCUUUGACAAGCGUGGAGAUCGACGAGCCAAGCUCCUGAAAAGCUCCACAGUACCCAUCACACUCAUGGAUGAGAGAGACCUUCAUCCAGUGGGACGGAAGCGACAGGCCAUCAUUUUCAAGCAGGGGACUGGUCGUUGGGGGACUGCCCGCAGGCCCGCACAAGUUUGGGUACUGGACUCCUCAGACCUUGCUGAUAUCGAAGACGCUGCAGAAUGGAGCGGUCGUGGUGGAACGUCUCUUCCGGAUGCAGAAAACUUCGUUGAGACGCAGCUUUUGGGAACCUCGUGUUCCUGCAGGAAGAGCAGGGGACGCGGGCACAGGACAAAUGCCUCCUUUUUACAUCAGCAAUAUUCCAUGACUGGGGAAAUGUUCUGUGGUCACUCCACCUGCUGCACUAGCGACAUGGCCCUCAGGACUUUUAUUGGGCCCCAGUGCGAGUCAGGGACCACCAGAAACAUCACUGCAGAAUUUCGGACUAAGUGCUCCUCAUUUGAGGGCCUGCAGUGUGUGGAGCCUGAAAGCAGGACUGACCAAUCAGAGACAAAACGCUCACUGAGAUUCCUCAGUCUCUCUGGAUGUUACCAGGUCACAGAUUUGGGCUUGAGGGCUCUGUCUCAGCGUGGAGGGCUUCCUGUUCUGGAGCAUCUCAACUUGUCCGGCUGCCUCUUCAUAACUGAGGUGGGGCUGCAGGAGCUGGUGUCUGCCUGUCCUUCUCUUAAUGAUGAACACUUCUAUUACUGCGACAACAUUAACGGUCCCCACGCAGACACGGCCAGCGGCUGCCAGAACCUACAGUGCGGCUUCAGAGCUUGCUGUCGCUCUGGAGAGUGAUCCUGCCUGGCUAUGCUCUCCUCAAAUGUCAACGUCUCCUUUUUAUCGCACUUUAUCCUGGGAAAACCAUUUGCUGUAUUUUGUGUCACUUAAAAAAUGUUUGGGAUGAAACUGUAAUUUUGCUCCUGUUUUUUUCCAUUUCCAUCUAUAUUAAAUGGAAACAAUCUUUUGGAAAAGGAAACUUAUGAUAAAGGAAUUUAGGGCAUUUGCAAAUGUACAUCCUGUUUCCUUUUUUUUGGUUUUUGAAAAGUAAAAAGUAUAGAAACAAACACAAAGUACCAAGUGUUUGCUGUAUUUAAAGUAUUUCCACAAAAUGA